AUGCUCCACAAGUGUUUGUCUGAGUGGGUUCUUCAAUACAAGCAACUGUACUACCAGGGCAGUACAGAUCAUGUCAGCCUAUGCCCAGUCACAGUUCAUUCACUGCUGCACUUAGCAGAUUGCAUGGAAUGGACUGGUCCACUUUGGACAACAUGGGCAUUUCCUAUGGAGCAAGUUUGCAGUCAGCUACAACGUGCAGUGACAGGACAUUUGAAUCCUUACCCUGGAAUUGACUGA